AUGGUGGCUGGAGAGAUUGUGGUGAUUUCGCUGGACCAAUUGACUAGUACUGUUGAGGACGUGUUGAUCCGUGUGAUCAACCGGGGAUACAACAAGCCGCGGUUCCGGUACGGUGUGAUCGACACGCCGCGGAUCAAGAACUCGGUUCUGCGAGAUCUGAGCAUCUUGGAGGUGGAAAACUCGUACUUGGCACUGUUUCUGGCUCCCAAGACGGAGCUGACUGUGGUCGAGGAUCAGGACGCUCAAAGUCUGACGCGAAUGUUUGUGAACGAAUGGGACUCGCUGGAGUUUGACGGGACGUACUCGGACCAACUGGACAGUGAUGGUCUUGAGGCACGAAUAGUUGGCACUGUUGGGGUGAAAAAGACAGGAUCCGAGUACGAGUUGACUGCACUCACAUCGUUUUAUCCGAAGCUGUCCACUACCCUGCUUGAUUUCAUGCACGGGUUCUGCAAACGGCUGGGAGCCCCGAAAACCGUGGUGGACGUUAUCUACGAGCACGAGCUGGUGGACUUCUACGAGAAACACGGCUACUGCACCACGAAACGCACGCGGUGCGAGAUCGACCCGCAGACGGGCUAUGUGAAAGGCACAAGGCUCGAGGAUGGUAUCCGUGCGACGCGCAACUUUGUUUUGGUGGAGAUGGAGAGACAGCUAUAA